CUUUUUCUGUUAGUCAUGGUUCUAGCACUGUCCCGUAAAUCAGCGCAUGGUGAGACGAGCAACCCCUCCAUAUUGGUUGACACACCGUCGGGUCGGAUCAAAGGUUACAAGGAGACACACAACCAAACCCACCCAAUGAUUCGAUUCAUAGGGAUUCCCUACGCCGAACCACCCGUAAACAACCUCAGGUUCCGGAAACCUAGGCCCAUCGGAAAAUGGGACGAUGUCCGAGGCAUUCCGAAUGAUCAUGGACCCGGAUGUAUGCAAGAUGACGGAGAUUACAUAGGUACGUACGAAAUGGGGUUUUCCGAAGACUGUUUGUACUUGAAUAUUUAUGUUCCAGGCCGCGAAAUUAAACAAACUAAAACCUUCUCUGUCAUGGUGUGGAUUCAAGGCAAAGACUUUAUUCAUGGCUCGACCAGCGAGUACUUCCCGCACAAUAUUGUCGCACACGGUGACGUCAUUUUUGUGACGUUUGAUUACAGACUAGGAGUAUUCGGGUUUCUAAAUAUAGAUGACCAAGACGUGACCAAGAACCUUGGUCUGUGGGACCAGAUUGCAGCUUUGCAGUGGGUGCAUAAAAACAUUGCAGCUUUCGGGGGUAAUCCGGAAAAUGUCACUAUAAUUGGACACUCGUCCGGAGCCGUCUGUGCCCAUCUUUUGUCGUUAAUGCCCAGAAACGGGGGGUUAUUUCAAAGAGUGAUAGCAAUGAGUGGUGUGGUGUCCCGUAAUACAGUUGUCAAACCAAACAACGCAGAAAAAGUCGACCGGCUUCUGUCAGAGAGAACUAACUGUACAGAAACGACUCAGUCUUCAAUCUAUCUUGAUUGUUUGAAAUCAGUUCCUGCUGAAAAACUUGUGAAUGCCGUCAGUCUUCAAGACUUUAUUCCUACUGAUAAUAUCACGGCAGACCUCUACGUGGGGCCGUGGAUUGACGGCGAGCUUAUAACAAAGGACCCUUAUUUACUUCUGUACGAUUUUGAUAGCAACGAGUCUCGCUUUUUCCGAUCCCUGGAUUUCGUUGCUGGUACUACGGAUGUGGAGGGUAGCCUUCUCUACAGAAAGAUCGUCGACAGUCGAAAAACGAGCUUAGUCUCAGAGUAUGAAAAUAAUUUAAACUUUUCUUUAGACUCAGAAAUUCCGUUUCACGUGUUUAAAGAUUCCAUUGCUCCCGGUGUAAUCAAUUCGCUGUACGGAAACAAUCCGAUCUUGACUCAUAAAGUAGUCGCCUUCUACCACAGUCACAGGGGUAGUCUGGACCAGAGUAACCAGGCUAUACAGAUGUAUGGACAGGCCACCAUUGUCACCCCUACCAUCAGUGCCCUCGUGGCCCACUCCAGGAACAACGCUGCCUCAAAGACCUACCACUAUCUGGUCACUCUCAUCAGCCCCCUCCCCGAGGGUCCCCCUCCACCCCCGUGGUUCGGAGGCUGUGGCCACGGGGAUGAACUCUAUUUGCUGUUCAGGUUGAUGGCAACACCCAUCAAUCUACAGAUGAGAGACUUUCAUCAUGAUCUCUCCAGAAAGGUUGUCCGUUACUGGACUAAUUUCGCCAAAACUGGAAACCCCAGUGACGACGACACAGAGAUCACGUGGCCUGCGUAUGACGAGGACAAACGUCAUUACCUCAUUUUGGAUUAUCCAAUCAUAUCGCACAUUGAUUAUUCGUCGGAAGAAGUAGCUUUAUUUCAACCUGAAUUGUCGAACUAUGUGAAGACAAAUUCACACGAUGAAUUGUAAAAACCAUUAAAAUACCUGUUUGUUUAUCACUCAAUUAUACAAAAUCUAACUUACAUGGAUCGUUUUAACAAAAAUAUGCUUUAAAUGCAAAAGUUUGUGAGAUUUCUUAGCCUCAUAUAAAUAUAUAAAGAACACAUUUCA